AAGUAUUGCAGCAAAGUCACGCGUAACAGGCACACACACCACUUUACACGGAAGUAACACAGAAAGCCAACUCUUUCAUUCACUCCAUCCUCAAAGACAUUCCAUCAUUAAGGAACAUGUCUAACUUCUUCUCAUUAGACGAUGAUGACGAUGAACAACUCGCAGGCCCAUCUCGACAGACUGGAGUACUUUCCAACUCCACGCCGGUAAAGAAUGGCAGCGCGACAAGAAGAGCCAAUCCAAUUGCUGCUAUGCUUUCACCACAACAAGGAGGUCACCAAAAUAGUAGGAGACCAGACCUUGUUGAUGACGAGGAUGAUCUAGAGAUAGAGAUGAAUGGAUCCUCCACAGAGAGACCUUUGGCACAACAGCGAAAAGCACCAGUCGCUAUACUACGACAAUCUUGGGCAAAUGAGCGAGCAGCCCCAGCUUUGUUGCCAUGGCAAGGAGAAGCAGUUGAUGGAGUCUGUUCGCAAAUCGAAGAACAAGUGAAUAUAAUAGAUUCAUUAGCGGCCGAUUCAGGAACAGCAGAAGAGGAACAUGUAAGACUGGCUUUGGUAGAGCUAGAUGUGGAAAGGGCACGAUGGCUUUUACGUAGCUAUCUUCGUUGUAGAUUGGACAAGAUUGAACAGAAUGCCGCUUUUGUUUGUCAAGACCCUAUCAGUCGAUCCAACUUAUCCGAGCUAGAGAGAGGGUAUGCGGUAAAAUUCAAUCAAAUACGCUCUCAGCACUUUCACUCCUCGGUUCUCGACUUCCUUCCAGAAACGAUGCAAUCUCUAGAGGAUAGGGCUGCUUCCGGUUCUAGCGGAAGAGGUGAUAUGGUGACAAGACCUGAUCUUGAUGCACCUGUCUUUGUGCACUGCUUAGAAGGAUGCGGUACCUUCAGAUUCCCUGGUAUCGAAUUGCUAGUACACUUCGAGAAAGGUUCGGUGCACUUGGUUCGCUUCCGAUCUGUCCAGCAUUUGAUCGCAACGGGUAAGAUUGUUCUUUUGUGAUCACUAAGACACAAUUAGCACUGUAUAAUACAACAACAUGUCCAAUUAGAUUAAUAGAGGCUCAACCUCUGUUCAUUGUAUUACCAACUCCUUUUGGAUUCGCUUCUGCGAAAUCGUCCCAAUCGUUUGCUUUUUGACGUUGUUC